GGCCCGCCCGAAACCCCGACCCCCGCAUCCCUGCCCGAGGCGGCGCGGGUGCGGGCGGCCCCGGCAGGAGGCGAGCUGCCGCCGGCCCCGCUGCCAUCACGUGGCCGCCGAGUUUUCUCGCCGCAGCGGUAUGAGGAAGUCAGAGGAGCCGCCGCCGCCGCCGUGCGCAGCCCGGGCGGGCGCAGCCUCCGCCGCCGCCUCCCCGCGGCGCGAUAUGCUGGCUCUCUCCGGCACUCGCCUCCCGGCGUGAAGACCCCGCCGGCGUCGCCGUCCUGAUGGAGGAGUCCCCGGCGGCGGAAGAGUGGCAAGGGGCGACCCAGAAGAGGAAGGCCUGGGCCAAGAGCCGGGACUCCUGGCAGGCGUCGGAAGCGGAGGAUUUCUCGGCAGCGGCGGCGGCGCUGGCCCGCGGCGAGGAGGAGGAGGAGGAAGAAGAAGAGGAGGAAGAGGAGGAGGAGGAGGAUCUCGCCGGCGGAGAACUGCCGCUGGCCGCAGAAGCAGGCCACAGCGUUCCCAACGAGAAGAUCGCGAUAUGGCUGAAGGACUGCAGAACGCCUCUGGGAGCCUCCCUGGAUGAGCAAAGCAAUCCUCUGUUGAAGGGCAUGCUGGUGAGAAAUGGAGGAAGUUUUGAAGAUGACUUAUCCCUGGGAGCCGAAGCUAAUCAUCUACGGAGUGAUACUCAAAUGGAAACAUGCAAUGGUGUGCUGGCGAAGGAGAGGAGGCUGCAGUUCCACCAGAAGGGGAGAAGUAUGAACUCCACCGGGUCUGGAAAAAGCAGUGCGACUGUUUCAAGUGUUUCUGAAUUACUGGAGCUUUAUGAGGAAGAUCCUGAAGAAGUGCUCUAUAACCUUGGAUUUGGAAGAGAUGAACCAGAUAUUGCUUCAAAAAUUCCAGCAAGAUUUUUUAAUUCAUCAUCAUUUGCCAGAGGGAUAGAUAUCAAAGUGUUUUUGAAUGCCCAAAUACAGCGCAUGGAAGUGGAAAAUCCAAAUUUUGCUUUAACAAGUCGUUUUCGUCAGAUUGAAGUGCUUACUACUGUGGCCAAUGCUUUUUCUUCUUUGUAUUCUCAAGUCUCUGGGACUCCUUUGCAGAAAAUUGGUAGUAUGAAUUCAGUGUCUUCCAGCAAAGAGGCAUCCAGCCCUCCUCCUUUAAAUCGCAGCAAUACAGCCAGUCGGUUAAUGAAGACCUUAUCUAAGCUCAAUCUGUGCGGCACACAGCAAGCCGAUGGUAGCGGCUCCUCGACUCCUUCACCUGUUGAAAAAGGGAAAAGUCCAGCUGAACAAGACAGCGAGGAAAAUGGUGUUAAAAACGAAUCUAAAUUACCAAAAUACUCUAAAAAGAAAGACUCUCCCUCUUUUUUGGCUACUGUAAAAGAGGAGAUAGCCAGUAGUCAGACAAAUGCUGUGGACACGUGUAAACCUGCAAGCCUUUCUGCUGGGACUGAUGAUAAGCAAGAGGGUACUGUGCCUCCAGCAGAUGUGCAAAGCGGCAGGUUGGCAAGCACCCAGGAUAGACCGUGUGAAGAAUCUGGUCUUUUGGACUCACCAAGCCUCAGCAGCAGUUCCAACACAUCCAACAGCAGCACCUCGACACAGAGGCUGCCCGCAGCGUCGCCGGGUAGAGACCUCUGCGCUCCCCUCGCGAACCCGUCCCUAAUGAAUGUAAUGCAGCAGCAGAAGGACUCCUUUGAGAUGGAAGAGAUCCAGAGUACAGAGGGCGAUCUACCGCACGUUCCAACUUCUCACCAGCUGGCAGUGACCAAGUCAAGGAAAGAUCAGCUGUUACGGACCGCGAGUCAGCACUCUGACAGCAGUGGCUUUGCUGAGGACUCCUCCACAGAUUGUUCUCCAUUUAAUCAGCUUCAGGUUCAGGAGUCUUUGCAGGGCAUGGGAAGCAGUGCUGACAGCUGUGACAGUGAGACAACCGUGACAUCACAUAGUGAAGAACAGAAGACACCAAUAGCCAAGGAGCUGUCCUGUUUCAGUAAGUUUGAGGAGGAGGAAGAUGAUGAUGACGAUGAUGAUGAUGAUGAAGAGGAUAUUAUCUCUCAAGUAGAGAGACGAAAGGUAGGGGUACCUUCUGAGAACAGAAGGACCGAAGACAGAAAAAUUGACUAUGAAACUGAAGAAAAUCAAGAAGGAGAAAGCAAGUCAUCUCAUAUAUCACAGACAGGCCAAGGAGAGGUCAGCUCUAAAGAGGAAGACAUUUCCAGUGAGCAAAAAGAAUUGGACCUGCUGGAGGAAGGCAGUGUGUUUGAGUUUCCUCAGUACCACACACACCAUAUCCUCAAGUCGAUGGAGUCUCUGGAAGGUGACAGCUCCUCCCCAUCAUCCGUGGACAGGGUUCACGUCGCCUUGCAAAGAGCCGAGAUGAGGAUCAUCAGCACACCUGAUUCCAGGGCUGGACGCACUCUGCUUAAGUCAAAAGAUCUCCUGAGGAAGCAGAGACUCUGGUUUGCUGAAUCGGGCUAUCCUCUAAGGCGGUCUCAGUCUCUCCCAACUGCAUUGCUGAAUCCAGUGAAAGUGGUGUCCUCUGUGAAUGUCCAGUUAACUCCAGGAAAAGAGACUCUAUGCAGUCCUCUUUCUUUCACCUACAAGUACACACGUGUGGAGGAAGAUGAGAAACCAGUAUCUGAGAAUGACAAAAGUGAAGGUGAGGCAGCCGCCAGCCAGCCGGUGUGCAAAUCCACGCUGUUCAUUGCGCCUUCAUCCUCCAAAAAAGAAGGGUCCCAGACUGGGCCCAACAGACUGUCUGAGGAGCCCAGUCCCACCAGAGUACAGAGCUGCCCGCUGCACUCGCCGGCACACAUGUCCCAGUCGACGUGCUCCCUGCACUCGCUCCCCGCCGAGUGGCAGGACAGACCGCUCUGCGAGCACGUGAGGACGCUGAGCACCCACAGUGUCCCAAGCAUCUCCGGCUCUUCCUUCAGCGCCUUGCUUCCCCCCUUCAGCUGUCCCUUCUCUCCAAGGCAUUCUGGAUUUCCUCAUCGACCCCAUGCCAUCAACCCUCCCUCCACCGUGGAGAUGCAGCUGCGCAGGGUUCUACAUGACAUCAGAAACUCGCUGCAGAACCUCUCACAGUACCCGGUGAUGAGGGGUCAGGAUCUUUCAGCUGCCAGCAGUUACACUACUCAGAGAUCAUCCAUUCUACCUCUCUACGAAAAUACUUUCCAGGAGCUACAAGUGGUAAGGCGAAAUCUGAACUUAUUCAGAACCCAAAUGAUGGAUUUGGAAUUGACUAUGUUACGUCAACAGACAACGGUUUAUCAGCACAUGACAGAAGAUGAAAGAUAUGAAGCUGAUCAGCUACAGAGCUUGAGGAAGUCUGUCCGCAUGGAGCUACAGGAGUUAGAGAUGCAGUUAGAAGAUCGUCUGCUUGCUUUGGAAGACCAGCUGAGAAGUCUGCACAUGUCUUCACCUUACAGACCUCAGACACACGUAGGUAUGUAUGGAAGCAGAAGUGCUGACAAUCUAUCAUGCCCUUCUCCAUUGAAUGUCAUUGAACCAGUCUCUGAACUUAUUCGAGAGCAGUCAUUUCUGAAGUCUGAACUGGGUUUAGGACUGGGAGAUCUUGGACUGGAAACUCUCCCAGCAGAGGGUACAGAGUCUGUAUUCUCCCAUGGAAACUCUGAUUCCUCUUCAGUGUGCUCCGGUCAUGCAGGUAGAAAAGCUGGUGUUGGAUCCUCUGAACUAACAGGAAAGUCUAAGGGUCAAAGCAAGAAGCUAUACCGAGCCUCUGUUGCCUUAACACCAACCCCCCCGGUGAGACCAGGUGCUGGACAGCAGGUGGAAAGCUCUGAGGAGCUUGUGGACUCCACGCCAGAGAUGGAGCAGAAACUUGAGAAAGUCCCUCUCGUGCCUUCGGUUGAUGACAUCCACAAAAGCGUGGAGCAGGAGGAGCUGCAGCAAGUCAUACGGGAGAUCAAGGAAUCUAUUGUUGGUGAAAUAAGACGAGAAAUAGUAAGUGGAUUGUUAGCAGCUGUAUCGCCCCAAAGCAGAUCUGCAACUGCAAAACAAGAUACACAACCAUGAAACGGGUACUACAGGUUGGAUGUAGUCCGAAAUGCUGUGGGAUUCUGCUUUGGGCGGCGUACGCUGGCGAAAGUGUCAAGUUAUUUUUGCUUCAGGAGAUGUUAAAGCUGCUGAAAUAGGCUACUGUAUUCGACGCUUGGUUCUAUGAUGUGUACCUUUUCCUUGAGGUCAUCUAUAAAGACUUAGACACUUUAACUAGUUCAUUACUUUCCUUAAAGCAUCAACAAAACUGUGGCUCUCUGAAAGGUUUUGUAUUUAUUUGUAUGUCCGUGUUGUAAAUUUUUAUGUAGCUAAUUUCUUUGUUUAAUGAUGCAUCAUGAAACUUGAAGAUUUCCAGACAUAACCAAUUUAUAAAUAACACACACGCAUUCAGCCUAGCUUUUUUUAAAAAAAAACAACAAAAAACACAACAAAAAACGCCCCAGAAACACUGACCUCUGUGAGGUAUUUACUGUGCAAUAACUGAUCCACUUUAAGAGCUUGAAACAACCAAUAAUGGUUUCCACUGCUGUUACUUAGUGCCACUUCAAAAGAAGGAAACAAUCCUGAUGUAAAGAUUGCUGUUAAUUCUUGGGGCGGCUACUAUUAGCAGAGUGGUAGAAUGGCAUGAGGUUACUUAAAACUACUUAAAGUUCUGACACUGAAAGCCUUAUCUUUGUGUAGAAGACAACUUUUAACUAAUUUUAUUUACUUCCUUACUGUUUGCCCAUCCCUCUAUAGAAAAGUGCCUUACUUUAAGCACUGUUUUUUGUCUGUGUUGACUGUUCUCAGUCACACCAAGAGAAGUUCUCUUCUGCUUCAUAUUAACCAAAAUGCAAUAAAAGUACUGAUCUUCUGAAAGCAAUUAGGAUGUGCAGCUGGGAAUGGAUGAACGACCUUGCUUGUAUUAUGGGGAAAAUGGAAAAAAAACCUCGUUCCCUUCCCCAUCCCUCACUGAGUGUAUUUUCAGUUAGCCUGGUGAACGUGCGUUUGUUCCAAUGGAGCAAAUUGGAAGUCAUUGGAGGUUUUAUGUGGUCAAAUAGACAUUUAGGGGAUAUGUAAUAUCCCGUUUUGCUGUGCUUGGAAUUUCUUUACUCCUUUGCCAUUUCCAUCUACUAAAACUCUUUACACUAUGUCAAGGUCUUUAAUCAAAAAUAGUUUCAGAUCUAACAAUAUUAUAUGAAAAAGUUUAUAAGAUUUUAAAUUGUGUUAGGAAGACACACAAGGGCUGAUUUCUUAAGUAAAAAAAUGUAUAUUAAACCAAUAAAAUAUUUAUUUUGCCUAUA